ACGAGUUUUGGCGUCCAUGUUGAAUGAAAAGUUGAAGAUUUAAACGAAWAGUAGUCCUUUUUAGACCCCAAAACUGUCAAUUAUGACUACUUAUGARAGUCAGAGCUUCAAGGAAGAAGAUGACAUUGGUGCUAAAAUAAGUAGUCUUCGAAAAACUGCGGAAAACGGUAGAGAACGUGAGGACGAAGGGAGAGACAGAGGCAGAGACCGUGAUCGGGGACGCGAUAGAGACAGAGAUAGAAGAGAUAGAGGUGAUAGAGGAGAUCGAAGAAGAAGAGAUCGCAGUCGGAGUAGAGAAAGACCACGCCGUGAUCGAAGCAGAGAGAGAACACGUCGAGACAGAUACAGAUCACCAUCGCCAAAAAGAGAAGUUCCAAAAGUAAAAAGAGAAACAUUAUGGGAUAUCCCUCCAGUUGGUUUUGAAAAYAUAACACCCAAGCAAUACAAAGAAAUGAGAGCGUCUGGAGCCAUACCAAUGGCACCAACCCUUCCAAGUGGAGUACCGAUUGCCAGUGCAGUCAUGCCUGGAAUACCAUCAGCAGGAAUAUCACAGAGUGCAGCGGCAGCAGCUGCAGCAACACUAGCUAGUUUACCUCACAGUCAGAUGACCAGACAAGCCAGACGACUUUAUGUCGGUAACAUUCCAUUUGGAAUCACAGAGGAGUUACAGAACCUGAUGAUAGAGUUUUUCAAUGCUAAAAUGCACGAGGCAAAGCUGAACACUGCACCUGGUAAUCCUGUCAUAGCAGCACAAAUCAACACAGAACAAAACUUUGCUUUUAUUGAGCUAAGAUCUGUUGAAGAAACAACACAAGCAAUGGCAUUUGAUGGUAUCAUUCUACAGGGACAAGCAUUAAAGAUUAGAAGACCAAAGGAUUACCAACCAAUUCCUGGAAUGUCAGAAACGGCAUCAAUCCAUGUACCAGGUGUUGUUUCAACGGUAGUUCCAGAUUCGGCUCACAAGAUUUUUAUUGGUGGUUUACCAAACUAUUUGAAUGAAGAUCAGGUUAAGGAGCUGUURGCGUCGUUUGGUGAUCUAAGAGCCUUCAACCUGGUUAAAGAYAGUGCUACAGGUCUUUCCAAGGGUUAUGCAUUCUGUGAAUAUGUUGACAUUGGUAUCACUGAUGUGGCUAUCCAUGGUCUUAACGGCAUGCAACUUGGAGAGAAAAAACUCAUUGUACAGAGGGCAAGUGUUGGUGCCAAACAAAACAUAAAUAAUCCUGCAGCUAUCAAUAUGCUACCAGCGCAGUUCCAGAUCCCUGGUUUAGAUAUAACUGCAGCCAGUCAGGCAGGACAGCAACCAACUGAAGUCUUGGCACUUAUGAAUAUGGUAACUGUAGAUGAACUGUGUGAUGAUGAUGAAUAUGAGGAAAUCUUUGAUGAUGUAAGAGAAGAGUGCAGUAAAUAUGGUAACAUAGUAAGCAUGGAGAUACCAAGACCRGUAGAGGGAGUCGAACCUCCAGGAUGUGGAAAGAUUUAUGUAGAAUUUGUAUCUACWGAGGACACCAAACGAGCAUCUCAUGCCCUUGGAGGGCGAAAGUUUGCUAACAGAGUGGUGGUUACAUCAUAUUAUAGYCCAGAGGAAUAUCACAGCAAAAUAUUCCAUUAACUACUCCCUUGUAUUAGAGUGCAAACCAAAAUACUGCAGAAAAAAAUGUUAGAUAACUCUUCUUUUUUUUUUGUUAGUUGAUUUGGUCUGAAGUAACAGUCAAUAGAUGAUUUUUUUUGAAAUAACAGCCAAUUGAAUUCUUCUCUAACUUAACAUACAGUUGCUAUAGAUUUUCUUUCUUUCUGUAUAAGAUGGUCACAUAAUAUCAACCCUCGAKGUACUUCCCUUUGCAUUGAGGAUUCACAUUAGCAGUUUAUUGUUGAUAUUCUGCAGUUUGAAAGAUUAUAGAGUUUAAAAACACUCCUGGUGUCUGGCUUUCAUCUGUGAUAAUGAUAUUUUAAUUGAAAGUAUGUCAAAAUAAGCAUCAAGUUCAUUUGAUGUCAGAUUGUCAGCCUUGAUGGAUGUGCUCUUCUUGUCCGUGAACCAAUCUGAUGUUCCAUUGUAUUUAAUGUAUUAUUUUGAUAAAAUCCAUUACUAGUAAGCUCAUUUAGUUUUAAAAGAUAAACAGAAUAACCAUUGUGAUGUAUAUUUAUAACCAAUGUGAGAUUAGUAAAUCUAAGAAUGUUGAUUUAUAGAGAUGUCAAAAACUCURUACUUGUAAUUUUUUAAACCUGUACAAAUCGUAUGCACAAAUAAAAGUAUUUCCUCAGGUUGUAUCA